AUCGAUUUUAGUAUAUAAAGAUCGGAAUCAAAAGCUCGUCACACAUCAAGCUUGCCAAGCUUGUAACAAUCACAGCAAUUGAAAUAUUAACAUUGAAGAUGAGACAGAUAUUGAGAGUAGGAUUCUUGAUCACUUUCCUGGCAUAUGCCGUCACGAGCAUCGUUGCCGACAACAAGAUCAUCUGCUACUAUGGCAGCUGGGCCACUUAUCGUCCCGGAAUCGGCCAAUUCAAUCCUACCGACAUAGAUCCAAAACUGUGCACCCAUAUAGUGUACACGUUCGUCGGUAUUUAUACGGACGGUAGAGUUUACGUAUUAGACUCCUGGAACGAUCUUCCAAGCGGCAAGAACGGUUUUGGAAAAUUCACUAGCCUUCGUCAAUUGAAUCCAAACGUUACUGUGUUGGUGGGGAUGGGCGGUUGGAACGAGGGAUCGUACAAGUAUUCCCAGGUUGCCGGAAAUCCUGCUGUCCGCGCAAAAUUUGUCCAAAAUAUGGUUGCAUUCCUGAAAAUGUACAAUUUCGACGGUCUGGACCUGGACUGGUCAUUUCCAAAUCAGCGCGGGGGCGUAGUAGCCGACAGAGAGAAUUACAUCACCUUGUUGAAGGAAUUGAGGCAAGAGUUCGACAAAAAUGGUUACAACCUGAGCGUGACGGUUUCCGCUCCCGAAUAUUCCGCCUCUGCAUCCUACAUUAUUCCGGAAAUAAUAAAAUACGUCGAUUACAUUAGUCUAAUGACGUACGAUUUGCACGGAACAUGGGAGAAAGUCGCGCUACUUCACUCUGGCCUUUACGGUUCGGGAAAGGAUACCGAUAUUCGAGUUGACACUAAUGUGGAUAUGUGCGUCAAAUAUUGGCUCACGGAAGGCGCGUCAGUUGACAAGAUCAUUCUAGGUAUUCCAGGCCACGGUAGAUCGUUCACCUUGUCGAAUUCAACGAACAACCAACCAGGUGCUCCAAUCCUGGGUGUUGGAAAUCCUGGUCCUUACUCGCAAGAAGGUGGUAUACUUGCUUACAAUGAAAUCUGCGAGUUCAUUAAAUUAGGAUGGACCGUGGAACGGGAUUCUAAACAACGCGUACCUUAUGCUUACCAAAACAACCAAUGGGUUGGAUACGAUGAUGUCACAUCUGUCGAAGAGAAGGUGAAUUAUGCUAAGUCUAAGGGUUUGGCUGGUGUAAUGCUGUGGGGUAUCGAGAACGACGACUUCAGGGGUUUGUAUGGUGAAAAAUAUCCACUUUUGAACGCGAUAAAUAAGGCGUAUAAAGAAAACUAGAGUGUUAAUGAGUGAUUUUUUUUUAAUAUUGGUAUAAUUUAAAGUUAUAUUGCGAUAUAAAUGUAUAAA